CGCCAGCUGCUAGCAUAUGGUGCACAAGCCACAAGUUAACAUUUUGAACCAAGGAUGCACGUCAACGCAAUGUCGCGGGUGUAAUUUAAUGGACUUUCUGGCACAAUGUGAACUCCACAACACCACUGAAGUACUGUUCGUUAAAGUUUUUUCUCCAAUUUCUUCUCAUGAUAAAGCAUCUUGAGCAAAUAGUUCCCAUUGUUCUUCAUACUAAAGUAGAUUGCUAGGAAACCCUGCAGAGUUGAAAAACUUUAAAUAAGAUACUGUCAUGAACUUCAUCUUGCAAUUCCAGGAUAUCCCAUCCAUGUUCAAGAACUCCAUAUUCUAGAGUAAAUCUAUAUUUUGAAUGUAUGAUUUACAUGUAUAUCUUUAGUUACUGACUAAUGGCUCCAAGAGGAAGUCCUACAAAUUUGAAGAACUAAGGAUUUGUGAUUAGCAUUCAUCUUUAUACCCAUUGAAUCAUUGAUGAUAUCUCCAACAAACAAUAAUGCUGCUGACAUACCAAGGUCUUCUGGUUGUAUUUUGUCUAAUUCUUCUUCAAUGUCUUGCUAAUGGAAACACAGAGGGAGGCCACCUUCCUGGACAUCUGGACGUUCUUGGGAAACAUCGACCCCCGGAGGGCCACAUUGAAAUCCUGCAUGAACUUCCAUCCCCCAGGGAAUUCUGGGAGAAAUAUGCUCGGGAUGGCAUUCCUGUCUUGUUCCGUGGGAUGGCCAACAACUCACUGGGAGUCCAUCGAUGGACUGAUGAUUAUCUCAAGGAACACUACAGUGACCUUCGGGUAAAGAUAGAAGCAAAAGCGGAAAAAGAGUAUUACCCUGAGGGAGACAAAGGUAUGGGCCAGGACACCAUGGGGUACUUCCUCAAGACAUACCAGUCACGCAAUGCUUAUAUAGUCUCACAACUUCCAGAUCCAAUGUCGAAGGAAGUCUCUGUUCCCCCUUUCAUGACCUGCGGUACCUUCAGUCAGCGUCUCUUAGAGGCAAAUCUCUGGUUUAGUAAUGGCGGCACCAAGAGCCUUCUUCACCGGGAUGCUGACAAUGCAAUAAACUGUCUUUACUUUGGAACCAAAGACUGGAUCUUCAUCGAUUCGAAGUAUGAGGAUAUGAUUCCCAUAGCUGAUGAAGGCACAGAAGCCUAUGGUGGUUUUGCUUUACUAAACCCUGAUAGUGUCGACCUGGAGUUGUUUCCAAAGUUUGCCGAUGUUCCUUGGACCUACGGGAAUGUGACUGCUGGAGAUUGCAUUUUUCUACCUCGAGGUUACUGGCAUCAGGUCCGCUCCUACGGGUCUCGGAAUCUUGCUGUCUCUCUCCUCUUCUCUCGCAUCACGGAAAAUGAUCUAUCAGACUGUGAGGGCGCCAAAUUGUCUUACACCCCACUGAGUGAGAUGGAGAUGGUCUUUACCUACGAUGGCUAUGCAGAACAAACCAUGGGCGAUACUGAUCCAUUUGAACUAAAUGAAACAAUCCAAGAAUGGUGCCAACUCAAUGGUCUAUCGAUGAAUGCACAGGAUGUCUUCCGCUUUCUGAGACGUGACUAUCAUGAUGAUGAUGAGGCCGAUGAGGGGCUGCUGCGGGAUGCUGCUUUUCUCCUGGAGAUAUCUGAUCAGGUAGUGCAGCUGCUAGAUGUGGAUAAAGACAACAGAAUUUCCUGUAAGGAUGAGGCCCAAGGCCUCAAAUUGGCAACUUUGAAGAAAUUAGCGAACAUUAUUGACAGAGAUCCUGCCAACACAGAGGAGUUUGAAUAUGCCAAGUUUGAACCUGAUGAAAUAAGAGUUUUCAUGGCUGAUCUGAUUGUAAGCCAUGAGACGAGAGAACAAACCAUCAUUACUCGUGAGACCUUUGUGAAAGCCUAUCGGACAUUUGGGGGAUCACUGAAGAUCGGCAAUGAGGUCUUUGAUGUACUGACUCCAGAAGAUGAGGAUUCCAUUUCUACCUCACAAUUGGAAGAACGGGGAGAAAAUAUUGCCGCCCUUUUUGAACCCAAGAUGAAACGUGAUUAUGCAGAUCCAUAUGCGGACUGGAUGAGUGAUGAUCCUACUCCUGAAGAUAAUCUUAAUCCCGAAGGUAGUCUUAAUCUCAAAGAUCAUCGUGACAUCCAUGGUGACAGUCAUGGAGAACUCUAGAUGCCCUUUACCCCCCCCCUCCCCCACGUCAAAAAAAGAAAGAAAUAUUCAUUGCCUUGAAAUGAAAUAGUCGUUGCCUUGAGACGUUGCCUAUCGUUUGAAAGUUUUCAGUCGAUUCAAAUUUAUCCCAGCUGUGGAAAUCUGAUCAAACUGUCAACAAGUAGGAAUUCUCACUGUGUGUUAAAAUCUGUUUAUUAAUUGGAAAUGUGGAUUGUUCAAAUGGAUGAUGCAUUCAUUAGGCAUCCCCCAACAUGUGGCAUUGUCAGGGUGUAGCGGUUUUAACUCAUGCCAUUUUAAUUUGUAAGCAGAUGGUCGUGUAUUUGAAUCCCACUGCGGCCUAGCGUGGUUUUUGCUAGGUAUCAAUCCACACAUUGCUACUCUCCACCCGGGUGUUACCCGGUAGGAACUCUUGUUUGAAUGUCCCCCAGGGAUUGGGGAGAGUUUAUACAUUGUGUAUGGACGUACCAGGAUCCAGUGAUAAUCCAGUAAUAAUGCAUUAUUCCGAUGAACUGCCAUAAUACAUUACAGCAUCUCAGUUCAGUUGCAUGAACAUGUUGAAACAUCUGUAUUUUGCUGAAAUCAUUGCGGAGCUUACGUCAUGUUUAUCAACUUGCGAUAUUUUUAACCAAACAUCACUCUUUAAUUUGAUAUCAGUUGUGUGUACAAAAUUAAUAGACGUAAUAGAUAUGUCAUCAAAACAGAACUUUAUCUUGUUUUAUGUUUCUAAUAUGAAUAUAUGAUUGCUCCAAGGGGGCCAAUGGCUUAGAAAAAAGGGUUUUUUAAUGAUAAAUGAGAAUUGUGUACUUAGGGAUUGGGUUUGGUAAUAUUAUAGAUAUCAUCAUGAUAUUCAAAAUAUUAUAUUACCAGUGAAAAUGAUAGCAUUUAUUUGAAUUGAUUUUUUUAUAAAGAUAUUCUGAGAAAGAUCACUCUAUUAAAAAGCCGAGUUUUACUUCAAAGAAUUAAUUAUCUGUAACAUGUAUGUUAUUCAGGGACUCUGUGUUUCAAACAACUUUUGUCUAUGACUUGUUCUUUCUACUUAUCUGCAAAUACAUGUAUGAUAUUCUUUUUUUCGUUUCCAUGUGAAUGUUAGUUUUGCAAGCAAUAAAUAGUGUUUUUUUUUAGUUUAUAGCUUGGGCACUGCAUGAUUUCCCAUUUUAUGGCGUCAUAUUUUGUGAUUCAUGGCGUUUUUGCCUAAAUUUUUGUCAUGGGUAGAAACUAUAAGACCUAUCUUCUGAUCAGAUUAUUGUUAUGAUGGAUAUAAGUUGACAUACAGUAUGUACAUGUAGGCAUAUUGAAUUUGUCAUUAAACAGAUGUAAAAACUUGUUUAUUUUGUUGUAUUAUAUGUUUCUAUACAACUUUUAUGUAUGAAACACAUGCCAUAUGUUAUGAAUAGAUGAAAGCUUCAAGGGGUACUUUUAAUGUUUUCCUUUAAGUAUGGAUGGAUUGUUUGGGAAUGGUAUUAGUUGUAUUAUGAGUAUUGAAAUAAUUUAAAAAUAUGAAUGUUAUUAGUGAAAAUGAUAAUAAUGACUUUGAAUCAUUUUUUAUAAGAUUUUCUGAGAAAGAUCUAUACUAGUGCUGAUUUACUCAAUUAUCUACUACAUGUACAUGUAUGUAUUUUAUUUGGUUAAUCUGCAUUUCAGACAUCUAUUGGAAGAGCCGUGGUGAAGUGGUUUUGACUCUUGCCUUGAAAAUGGAGGGCCAUGUGUUCGAACCCCACUGCGGUCUAGCAUCCUUUUGCAAGGCAUUAAUCCACACUUUGCCACUCUCUACCCAGGUGGUAAAUGGAUACCCAGUAGGAUGCGAAAGCUUUUGUAUUAUGCCUAGCAAUUGAGUCUUGGAACUCUUCUUGGCAUGCUCCCCAGGGAGUGGAGAAGGUGAAUACAUUGUAUUCAGGCAUGCAAGGAAUCGACCAGUGUAAUAAUAUGCUGUAAAGCGCUUUGGGCCAUUAUGGGAAAAGCGCUAUUUAAAAAAUAGCUAUUAUUAUUAUUAUUGUUUAUGUUAUGAUUUGUUCAUUUAUACUAAUCUGCAAAAAUGAUACUCUUGUUUAAGGGGAAUUCCACCCCAACAUGAAGUUGAUUUUAAUAAAAGGAGAAAAAUCUACAAAUCAUUACUGAAAAUUUCAUCAAAAUCGAAAAAUGUAAUAUCAAAAAGUUUUAUUGAAACUUUCACUUAUUUUUCACAAAACGGUUAUUUGCACAACUCAGUGAUAUGGAAAUGAGAGUCAAUGGCAUCACUCAAUCACUAUUUUAUAUUUUUUUCUUGUUUGAAGUAUGAAAUAUUUGUAAUUUUCUCCUGAUAGUCAUGUGAAACAAAGUUUUGUUCCUCCCUGAACAUGGGCAAUAUCCAUUGUUUAAAUAUUUUCUGGUUCGAUGAAGAGAGUCCUUCCUGUAAAAAUUGAGUAUAAUAUUUACACGACUAUAACUAUAUUAUUGUUUAUGUUAUGGAUUAUUUUGUAUAAUAAAACACAUUUGAUGUUAUGUAUUAUAUUAUUUUGAAUGCAGUUAUAAAAGCAAGGCAAGCAAAAAAACACCUAACCCUUACCCUAAUCUUAGAGUUUCAGUAGUAAACAUUGGGAUCUGAAAUUACCUCCAGGCUAAGUUACUACUUUCUAAAACAAUUCUAGGGCAUUUUCUAUUGAAGUUUGACAUGGUGUAUGUCAUUGACCAGCCCGUGAAGGUCAUUUGAACAAACUUGCCCAUGAGGUAACUCCAAAUUGGUCCAAUGCUAAUUAGGUCUAUUAAUUCCUUGUACUACCGUUUAUGUGGCAACCUUUCUCUAUCUUCCAGUGAGUGCCUUUACUGUGAUACAUGUACAUAAUCAUCCCAAAACAGAAACAAGAUUAUUUUCUUCAAAAGAAGUGAAAUCAAGUAAUAAUGUCUUUCAGAUUUGCACUAUACAUUUAUUUUGAAGUAAAAGUGAAGGAAAUAGUCCUAUUUCAUAUAUAUACGAUAUGUAUUUACAUAAUUGAUGUAUUGUUUAUUUGCAUAAUAUUUGACCUAAAACUGUGUUUAUAUAUUAUUUUAAUGGUUGGUGAAAUCAGUACUAAUUUUCUUGUUUCUGCAGAAUGUCAGAAUGUCAUUUUUUUUAUAUUUAGUUGAAAUAUAUUUUGCUAAUAUUUA